AUGUCUGACUUCCCGGACGCGCCCACCACGGCUCCCUCUGCCAACGGCAACACCUACAUCCAGGCCACCAAGGAGAACGCUACCGCUGCCUUCGAGCAGGUUUCCAACGGACCCGUCGCCCAGAGUGUCAAGGACCAGUCUGCAAAGACUACCAACGAGCUCGGCAACCUCGCCGCCGCUCGCAGAACGCCCUCUACCCCCGCCGCCACCGGCCAGCCCUUGACUCACUACCACUCCUUCUUCUUCGAGCUUAUCUCGUGGAACAACCCUCGUGCUUCGGCCAUUGCCUACAGCUCCAUUGUCACCCUCAUCUUUGCUGCCCGUUACCUCGAUGUUCUGCGAUACAGCUUGAAGCUCACUUGGAUGGUGCUUGGCACCACCGUCCUUGCCGAGCUCGCCGGCAAGCUCGUCCUCAACAACGGCCUCGCUACCCAGCUCCGCCCCAGACGUUACUACGUCAUCCCCAGAGAGACGCUCGAUGCCGCCAUCGGAGACGUUCACGAGCUUGUCAACUUCUUCGUGAUUGAGGCUCAGCGCAUCGUCUUCGCCGAGAACGUUGGUGCUUCUGCUGCUGCCUUCAUCGGUGCCUUCAUCGCCUACUACCUUGUCAAGAUCGUCCCCUUCUGGGGUCUUUCCCUGAUCGCCACCACUGCUCUCUUCAUGGUUCCCCUCCUGUACACCUCCAACCAGGAGCUCAUCGACGCCCAGCUCAACCGCGCCGGCGAGGUGAUCAACCAGCAGACGAGCCAGUUCCGCACUGUCGCCAGCAAGCACACCGCCGAGGCCACCAACAUCACCAAGCAGUACAUGGGUGACUACACUGCCAAGGCCCAGCAGCUGCUCGGCCGCCGCUCCGCCUCCCCCGAGGCUGCUCGCUCCCCCGCUCCUCAGUCUCAGGCUCCUGCCGACGUCCGCCCCUCCGUCGAGGAGCAGGACUUCCCGGCUCCUCCCAAGGCUGACUUCCAGUCCGAGCCGGUUGUCCCGGAGGCCGAGGAGAAGACCCCCAUGGUCGCCUCCUAA